GUACAUAUUAUUCUGUGUGUUGUUUUUAGAAAUAAGUAAUAAUCGAAAAAAUGGCUACAUUAAAAAUACUUGUUACAGGUGGUACAGGAUUAGUUGGAAAAGCUAUCCAACAAAUAUCAGAACAGGACAACUUGCCAAAUGAAGAAUUUGUUUUUUUAUCAUCAAAGGAUGGGAAUCUAACAAAACUUGAAGAAGUUGAAGCCAUUUUUGAGAAGCACAAACCGACACAUGUUAUUCAUCUGGCUGCUUUGGUGGGAGGUUUAUUCAAAAAUUUAAGAGCAAAUUUAGAUUUUUUUCGACAGAACAUGCAGAUAAAUGAUAAUAUACUGGCAUGUUGUCAUAAGUACAAUGUUAAAAAGUGUGUGUCAUGUUUAUCGACAUGUAUCUUUCCAGACAAGACCACAUACCCAAUUGAUGAAACUAUGGUUCAUAAUGGUGCACCACAUGAGUCCAACUUUGGUUAUUCCUAUGCAAAACGAAUGAUUGAUGUUCUUAACAAAGGAUAUAAAGAACAACAUGGUUGCAACUUUACUAGUGUUAUACCUUGCAAUGUCUUUGGUCCAAAUGAUAACUUUAAUAUUGAAGACGGACACGUUCUGCCAGGACUUAUCCAUAAAGUGUAUCUAGCGAAAAAAAAUGGUUCACCUUUAACAAUUUGGGGCACUGGGAAGCCAUUGAGACAAUUCAUAUAUUCCUUGGACCUAGCAAGAUUGUUUCUAUUAGUUUUACGAGAGUAUGAUGAUUGUUCUCCAAUCAUAUUAUCAGUUGAUGAGAAAGAUGAAGUUUCUAUUAAACAAGCUGCAGAAAUGAUUGUUGAGGCAAUGGAAUUUAAAAAUGGAGUCCAGUAUGAUACCACUCGUGCUGAUGGACAAUACAAGAAAACAGCAAGUAAUGAAAAACUGAGAAAACUUUGGCCUGACUUUAAAUUUACACCUAUGAAACAAGCUAUGAAAGAGUCAUGUGAUUGGUUUGUAAAAAAUUAUGAAAUUGCACGAAAAUAAUAAAGAGGAAAUCACAUGUCACAAGAAUACCAAGUUUUUACAUUACAGAUUUUAUUAGGAAAUUAAACGAAUUUUAAGUCUGUGUUGGGUUAUGUAUUGUAUCUUAUAUUUAUUUAUUAAUAGCUGUUUUAUACUGAGAUUACUUUAACAGCUGAAGUGACAAAGUUUCAAAAAGUAACCAGUCCAAAAACCUUUAUUUUACUAGACCAUCGAAACUGCAUCUUUAUUUUCUUAAAACAGGUUCUCACUCGACCAAGUAUGCUUGUAAAAAUGCAGACUUUAUAAGACUGUACGACUUGUUGUAAAAACAACAUAAAUAUGCUACAUAAAGAUAAAUAACAGUUUCAACACAUAUGGACAGAAGAAGAGUUUUAAAAUAGGGCAAUGAAUAAAGAAGUCUACAAAAUUCAAAGAAAUCUGUAACAUUAUAAAUUUAAAGUUUAAACAUUUUCCUAGAAUUUUGCACAGAGAUUCUUUAAAUAUUCACUUAAGAAGUCUGAUAUAUUCUUAGGUAAUCUCAUUCAAAAAACAGCUAAUAUUUAACAGUUCUAUAUGUUUUUAAAAUGAUGAAUAUUUUUCGUAAAUAUAUGACGAUUUACAAACCAGAUGGUUUGUGGGUUUUAAUAAGAUUUGUCAUGCUUCAAUUUUGUUAUCUAUUAUUUGUCUAGUUGGUUUUUGUACGGUAGCUACCUAAUAUUUUUGUAACUAAAUAUUGCAUUACAACUA